CGAGGCCCAGUCGCCAUGAGCGGCCUGCGGGGCUCCCUGGGGCCGGCCCGGCCGGGCUGGGUGUGGGGGGCGGCGGCGGCGCUGCUGGCGCUGGGCGCCCUGCUCGGAGCCUGGCGCUGGGCCGGGCGGCGCCGCCGCCGCCGCCUGCAGCGGGUCGGGACGGUGCUGAGGCUCUUCGUGUACCCGGUGAAGUCGUGCAAGGGGGUGUCGGUGCGGCGGGCGCAGGUGACGCCCAUGGGGCUGCGCAGCGGGGACAUGCGGGACAGGUUCUGGCUGGUGAUCACGGAGGAUGGACACAUGGUCACGGCUCGCCAGGAGCCGCGGCUCGUCCUCGUUUCUGUCGGCUGUGACAACGGGCACUUGACCUUCGAGGCCCCAGACAUGGAAAAGCUGUGCUUGCCUGUGAAUGUCCCCAGGAAAAACCCCGUCCACAACUGCAGGGUGUUUGGACAGGAUAUCCAAGGCAGGGACUGUGGUGAUGAAGUGGCUCAGUGGAUCACCACUUUCCUGAAAUCACAACCCUAUCGACUGGUGCACUUUGAGCCCUCCAUGGUGCCAAGAAAGUCAAAGAAUACAAUAAACCUUUUCCGAAGCACUGAUGAGGUUGCCUAUCCUGACUGCAGCCCAGUCUUGCUCCUCUCUGAAGCUUCAAUGGAUGAUUUAAAUACAAGGCUGGAAAAGAAAGCUAAGAUACAGAACUUCAGACCAAAUAUUCUUGUGGCAGAUUGCAGUGCUUUUGAGGAGGACACGUGGGAGGAUAUUCUUAUUGGUGAUGUGGAGAUGAAAGGGACCGUGUGUUGUGGCAGGUGUAUUUUAACAACUGUUAACCCAGACACUGGAGUCAUAGACAGGAAGGAGCCUUUGGAGACAUUGAAAAGUUACCGCCUUUGCGAUCCAUCCGAGCGACACAUCUACAAAACCAGCCCUCUCUUUGGGAAAUACUUUGCUGUUGACAAAACUGGAACGAUUCAAGUUGGAGACCCUGUGUACAAGAUGAUCUGGGAAUGAAAGAGACUUUGAUCAGAAGAUGCUUUUUCACCUUGUACACAAAUUGUUUUCCCAUGAACACAGUCACCAACAUAACCUUUUCUUAUUCCUUGCAAUAUUUUUAGUGCCAUGUCCCUUUGUAAGGUGCAGGGGGGUCUAUGAGGCUAUGAAAUGCCAGUCAUUUCAGAUCAUGUAAUCUACUAGCAUUCCUGUAGCAACCACAUCUUUAGUUUUUCUGGAGGCUGUGAGAGAAGAAACUGAUCCAAGACAUACUUCACAGCACUACUGUGAGCAUCACACCUCCUAAAAUUUCAUGUCAACCUUAAUAUCGGAAUCUGAAAUUACAUACAAGGGUUUUCAUCGUGUAUUAGAUACAUUUAGUGCCUAUAAAGAACCACAAAAACAGUCAUGCCAAGCACAAAGUAUGUUGGUCACAGAGCUGCCUUUACAAGUGAACAUGGAGUGGAAAUGGCAGGACUCUGUCUUGGAUUCCACCCUUCUUUGGUCCUAAUCAUCUUACCCAUCUGUAGGAAUCUGAUAAUUAUAUUUUCUACUGCAUAAAACAAAUAGAGCAGGAAAGUAUUUGGAUUAUGGCAGUGUUAUCUUUUCUUUAAUUGUUAUGUGAUUUUUUUCUUUUAAAAAGGAACUCCAAGAUAAAAACCAGCCAUCUUUCAAAUGCUU